AUGAAGUUCCUCACGCACCUCGCCGUCGCUGCGACCAUCUUCGGCGCCGUCAACGCUGGCCCCGUCCACAGCAGCCAGCCCGCCAAGGACUGCAAGAAGAAGACUGGCGACCACGUCGUCCCCUGGGAUGCCAAGUAUGCUACUGGUUUCAUCCCUGCUGGCCUUGAGCUCUGCCUGGCCAAACACAUGGGCCCGUACCUUCUCAACCCCAUGUACCACGGUCAUUCCGAGCAUGGCCACGGAAGCCCUGGCCACGGCGGCGUCGGACUCGGCACCCCCGGCUCCAACAACGGCAGCCUCGGCGCCAGCCCCGGCACCGGCUCAAGCGAAGGCGGCCUCGGCGCCGCGGCCCCGCUAGGCAGCUGCUUCGGCUGCAUCUUCACCGUGGCCAAGGAAGUGCCCUGCAUCUACACGGCCAUCAAGAACAGGGACCCCUCGGCCCUUCUCCAGUGCGGCAUUGGCAAGACCGACAUCUGCGAAUGCGUCGACUGCCUCCCUGCCGCGCUGUCCGGGUACGUCAAGCCCUGGUGCAGCUCCAGCGAAGGCGUGGGUGUUGCGCCCACGACCGAGCUCGCGGACGACAACUUUGUCGCCAACGCCGACGACAACGUCAAGGCUUUCCUCGGCCUCCUAAGCCCGGCUGAGCUCGAAGCUCUCAAGGAAAAGGCGCAGGCGACGAACCCUCCCCCUCCCCAGACGACCGACGGAGGCCUCACCUCGCCCAACCCCAACGGCAACGGAGCGGGCCCUGAGCUCGGCUGCAUCCUGGGAUCGUCCUGCGGCGGAUGCUGCUGCGUUGGUCUCUGUGUGUUGAACAGCUGCAUCGGCGGUUGCUUCUAA